GCCCCCUAGGACUCUAGCGCCCACUGGGGAGCGCUAGUGACCACUUUGGGAAACUACGGUGUCAACAAAUUGCAAUGUAUAUUACAACAAUGGAUAUUAUGACUAUACAUAACCAUUCUAGUAGAUAUGGCUUCACCUCGGACGAGACGCAAAUUAAAUAAUAUCCGGACUAUAGACGAGAAUAACAAAUGCUUCGAGUGUGGUACCCUGAAUCCUCAGUGGGUGUCAGUGACAUACGGGAUUUGGAUUUGCUUAGAGUGCUCGGGAGUUCAUCGGAGCCUUGGGGUGCACUUAUCUUUCGUACGAUCAGUAACUAUGGACAAAUGGAAGGACAUAGAGCUCGAAAAAAUGAUGGUGGGCGGCAACCAGAAAGCACGCGAGUUCUUCGAAAGCCAGCCGGACUACAAAGCUGGUUUGACUAUCCCACAGAAGUACAAUACUAAGGCGGCUGCUAUGUAUAGACAGAAGAUAGCGGCAAUAGCCGAGGGCCGGCCGUGGAGUCCCUCGGACUACAAGCCUGAGACGGUAGAGAAGCCUAAGGAGGAUUAUACCCAAUCGCGGGACUUCUACUCCUCGGGAGAUAGCACAUUCCAUCACAGCGGCUCAGACAAUAACAUCAGUUAUCAUGCGGAGUACGGCAGCGGAAGGUACACUGGUUUCGGCAACACGAAACCGUCGCAGUCGACACCAAUGUCGCCUAUCCACAGCGGGAACGAGGUUGUUGACAAUACUCUCGCGUCUCUCGCCACGGGGUGGUCACUCUUCACGUCGUCAGUUACUAAAGCGGCGCGCACAGCUACUGAAAGCGCGGUGCGAUACGGCGGCAUGGCGGCUGAGAAAGUAUCCGAGAUGGCUUCGACCGUCACCGAGAAGGUGAAUAACCGCGGCGGGUGGAGCUCGCUGGGCGGCAGUAAUGAACAGCGACGCUCUAGCAACACCAGCAGCGGCCCCUACCAGGGUCAGAGCUAUGGUGCCAUGAAGAACUCCACCUCUGAGCCUUACUCUCAAUGGAACGAGCAAGCACAGCCGUGGAAGGAGUCCAUUGCGACGCGCAACUUUGACGACCGCGACCUCUCCCAAGUGGGCGUCUCCAGCCCCCCUCCGGACAUCAAGAGCAUCACCAUCAAGAAGAACAAGAAAGAUGAUGAGUCCUGGGAGUGGCUCAAUAACUAGCGCCUAAUUUACGCAUGGGGCCGAUGGGGGAAGCUGGACAUGCCGGCGCCCACCACAAAGUCGGCCAAUCAGCGUAGGCGCAAUUCCAUAUAAGAGCCGCAAAUGCGCUGCGCACGUGUCGUGAUCACCUGCGCAUUGAACGCAACGUUAAUAUUACAUACUCUUUUGUUUCUAUAUUACACCGAUUUCUACUUUUUGUUGCAUCUUCGAAGUUUCCUUAUGAAGGAUCGUCUCGAGGAUUAUAACCCUUUAACCCUAAAUCUAAAACAAUGUUCCGAAAUGUAUUUAAAAAAAAUUUCUUGUCAAUCGAUUAAACUUAAGAACGCAAUUAAAAUUGGCAACGUUCCUUUCAUGCCUACUAGCUGUUCUAAAAUUUAAUAAAAGCCGGUUCGACCGUUUCGGAGACAAAAACUUUAUUUUUGCAGUCUCUCAAACUGGCUAAAUUCGAUAUCGGACCUAAGCAUAAAAAAUACUGAUGAAUUGACUUUCGGAGUCAAUCAAUUUACAAAACGAAUCAAUGAAUUAAGACAUUCAUGAUGUCUUAAUUCAUUGAUUUGUAAUCAGUAGUGAGUUAUUAAUUAGUUCAAAAUCUAAUUUAUGCGCGACAUGCGAAGUAGGUUUUGUUCAAACAUAUGGUAACAAUAUUAUGUUGACGUGGCCUUCCAAUGUCGAACGCGUCAAUCUCGUAGCCCACGUUUCUUGAAGACAACCACCAAUGUGGCAUGACAUUUAAUUAAAGGCUACAAUUAUCCUGCUUCUUUUUCUAUUCUUUGGCGUGCGUGAAAAAUAGAGAAACAUCAUAACACAGGCAUUGUAUAGAGCGCCUAAAAAGGACCAUUAGACGAUGCCUAACGAAGCACGAGCUUUAUGUGUAUGGAAGAUGUCAUAACACUUCGGGAUGUAACAAAGUGAAAUGUCAGUCAUAUGGUUUCAAGAUGGUCGCACAUUUUUUACUGUGAAAUGGCGCAUUUACGGUCGUCUGCCGAACGCGGCUGCUGGCGACAGUGCCACCGUACAUUCGCUUACAAAGUGUCAGUUAUUGUUAACCAUAAUAUCUCAACGCGCGUUUGUGAUCUCUAUGUGUAUACCGGUCAAUAACAUGCUCGAGUCUAUGCGACGAUUUUUCAAUUUAGUCUGCGCUAACUUUUUGAGGGCUAGCCCGGUAUCGAUAUCAACUUGGUCAAAUGGCAAUUGAUUCGAGCUCCUUAAACGCAAAUCUUGUCUAGUUAGGGCACGACGUCACGGGUGUCCGCUAAGUAGGUACAGUUUGGAAUUAAUUUCCUUAUAUGACUGAUAAAAGAUAACUAAAUUAAAGCGACUUCAUGAACACUUUAAAAAAUAUUUAGAUAAAACGCUCACAACCUCUGCAAUCCUGACCUUUUAUAAAUUAUAAGUGCGUAUUUCACCUCCACCUCAGCUCACGUCGUCAAUUAAACAACCUGUUGUUUACGAUUUGUCAGAUUAAAUAUUUUUGACAGGUUUCACAGCUAUGCCUGGAUUUUGCUCUCUGGGCGGUUGUUGUGGCAGGUACCUUAAAAAACUAUUAUUCCAGUAUUAUUGUGUGUAAAUCAUAUUUGACUCAAAUUCUGUUGUGCUAAACAUUGACUUACAAUUAGUGCUAAAGCUAAAUUUAACUCGACAGGUUGGACAAUACAUUCUUUUGAAAACGAAGCAACGAGAUUUUAAAGAUUUUCUAAAUUCUGAUUAACGAAAUUUAUAAACCAUUCACGCAUUUGCCUAAAUUGCAUUUGCUAAAAAAUAAGGAAUGUCACGUAACUUCCACUUAGAAACAAUUGCUGUUGGGCCAGUUGCGAAAUAAUCAUCGUCACGUGUUUUAGUAAAAUUAAUAUGUUUAAUUAAUAUGUAUUAUAAUUUGUAUAAAUUCACCGGUCAAUACGGCAUGCAUGAAAUUUUAAGAUAUUAAAUAUUUAUUAUGUGUCUAGCAAAACUUAUUUAAAGAAAAAAACAUUGGUGAUUUAAAUUGGUCGUUACGUUUACACAUGAAGUUAAAAUAUAUUAUGAGCUUCUAGUGUGAAAAUGACCUUUUUUAUUACUAGACUAUUUUUGAAGAGUGACUGUCAGUUGUAGAGAUGUUUUAGGAUAUAUGACGUGUGCCUUCAGACGUCUGUUAAAAUCAAUACUACUCUUCCGAUGCGUGGGAGAAUGCGACGAUACGAACGGUGUAAGCACAUUACAUUACGUGGCCUCCAUUUCGUUGGCUGUCCACGAGUUAGGACUCGCAAGUGAUUGGCUGCCCACGAAUUAGGACUCGCAUGUGAUUGGCUAUCUAUGUAUAAAAUAAUGAUUAUAUAGUGUAAUUCAUAUGAUGUGAAUUACCAAACGCCUAUACAAACAGAAAUUUGUUUUAAUACUCUAACAACAUGAUUAUUACGCCAGUGUUACUGGCUUCUCUAGUAAAAUAUUUAUCAUAAAUAUUUACUAAAAUUGUAAGUAUAUUUAUGGUGCAACUAUAUUCUUGAAGUAAAUGGGUUUAGUUAAUUAAAUGUAUGUACAAUAAAAUAACAAUCAAUCAAUUUAUGUUAGAUGUAAAAUUAUAAAAUCAGGGAAAAAUACUUCAUUGUAGAUGUGAAACCUUACAGAGUACGUAAUAUUAAUAAAGCAGAAAAAUAAAUUGCGCAAGUAUUUGCUGUUCUCGCACCGAUGCAUCGAAGACCAAACAUACGAGUUGAAGUUGAGUUUGUGCCAAUAAAAUAUUUGUAUGCCUGUCUAUGGAGAAUUUAAGUAAACAUGCAUUAAAUAAAAUGGAUUAAGUUCAUGGUUAUAAUGGCAGUAAAACUGUCAGUAGUUCAGUUUUAGGCAUUUUUAAUCUUAUGCCCUUCGUAUCGACGACCCACUCUAUAUUUUUAUAGUAUUAUAUUAUAUCAAAUGACACUGUCCAUUACUUAGAAAGAUGAAAAUCUUUAUAAAUAAGUAUAGGAUAUAUUCGACUAAAAAUAUUUUAACGUUAUAUUAUUUUCAACGCUGCUUUCAG